CGAGCGUUUGUGUCCCAGAUCUGUUUCAGAAAGCGAUCAUCCAGAGUGGGACGGCUCUCUCCAGCUGGGCCGUCAACUACCAGCCGGCCAAAUACACACGCAUGCUGGCCGAGAAGGUGGGCUGCAACGAAGACGACACAGUCGAGCUGAUCAAGUGCCUCCAAAACAAAAACUACAAGGAGCUGAUCGAGCAGAACAUCACCCCCGCCAAAUACCACAUCGCCUUCGGACCCGUGAUCGACGGAGACGUCAUUCCGGAUGACCCGCAGAUCCUCAUGGAGCAGGGAGAGUUCCUCAACUACGAAAUAAUGCUAGGAGUAAACCAGGGCGAAGGCUACAAGUUCGUAGACGGGAUCUUAGACAGCGAGGAUAGAGUAACAAGCAAUGACUUCGAUUUCUCCAUAUCAGAAUUUGUCGACCAUUUGUACGGCUAUCCGGAAGGAAAGGACACCCUGCGGGAAACCAUAAAGUUUAUGUACACAGACUGGGCCGAUAGGGAAAACCCGGAAAUGCGACGAAAAACGCUGGUCGCGCUUUUCACAGAUCACCAGUGGGUGGCGCCGGCCGUUGCAACAGCGGACCUGCAUGCGCAGUACGGAUCGCCCACCUACUUUUACGCCUUUUAUCACCACUGCCAGAGCGACAUGAAGCCCGCCUGGGCCGAUUCGGCGCACGGAGACGAGCUUCC